GGGGACACAAAGAGCGCCUCCUCGUGUGCACGUGGGUGACCCACUGAGGCUGCCCGCACUGCGCGUGCCGAUCUCGCCGCCUGACGCCGACGUCUCGCGACUCGUCGUCGUCGUCGUCCGCUCUCUUCUGGCCGUAGCGAGGCUCGCGUGGUCGCCCCGUGGCUCAUUACCGGAGGGGAAACAGCGGCAGCAGCAGCAGCAUCUCGGGUGUCCCUGACAGAUGCCUCCCUUCUGACCUCCCCCUUCCUCCUCCCUCCUCCUCCUCCUGCUCCUCCCCGUCGUUAUUUUGUUUGAAACCAUUCGCACAUCUGCCGCGCACUCCUGGGCGGUGUGGCCUUGCGGCUCCCGCGCCGACCCAUUGCGGCAGCAGCAGCAGCGCGGCCACAGCUCCCCGCCCCGCGGCUCUCGGUCUUGAGGACGCCGCCGUGCGAGGCGUGAGCCCUGACCCCACCUCCCCCCCUCGGGGGCGAGCCCCGCGGCGGGAGCGGAGCGAGAGAUCGGAGCGAGAGAUCGGAGCGGAGGUCCCCGUCGGGCGAGGGGCGGCCACACCCUCGCUCCCUCGGAGCGGGGAGGAGGAGAAUCCCCGCGUCCGCCGACAUCGCAGCCGCUGCUGGACUCAGGGACCUGCGCGGAUUCCAGGGCGCGCUCGGCAGCCCGGCGGGCUGGGCACACCGGCAGGGGACGGGACCGAGCGUGAGUUUGGACGGCGGGAGAGGUGGACGCUUUUGCCGGGUUGGAGCGGUGGGAUCGGGAUUUUUUCUGUUCGGUGGGUCGGCACCUCUCGGUCGGGCGGUGAGCGAGACGCGGUGAGGAUCGGGGUCCGGUUUCGUCGUCGUGCCCGAUGCGGAUCGCCACCUCUCCGCCCGUCUGAGCGCUGGGGUGCAGAGAGGUCCCGCGGAGGGCGGUGAACGCGAUCGAUCUACGCGCGGAUAAAAGAAAAUUAUCUGAAGCCAAGAGAUGUUGAAGAAGGGCCGGCCUCUGAAUUGAUGUUGCAUGUUCAGCCGCGAGUUCAAACUGGCGUUCAAGUGUAAAGGGGCCUGCUUGUGCACCCGUGGGCCGUGUUUGUGCCGAUUUGAGAUCCAUAUAACGACCCUGACGAUCUCGGAGACCUGCGAGCGGCUUAGUGACCAAUUAAAGAGACGAGCAAGACCACCGGGAGCCUCUCUGGGCAGGGCAAGAGGCCACCUGGGUUUAAAUAAUCAUCCGGCACGGCGAUCGUGACGUCUCGGCUGCCCGUACGCUCUUGGGAACUCGUCCUUGUGGCUUGUGGAGAAGGAACUCCGUCGUCGCAGUCACCGCCGCUCACGCUGCGCCCUUCAAGGUGGCAACGCGCGCGUGACGGCCGCGGUCGGACGGCUUCACGGUCCCGCACGCUUGGCCGUCCGUGCCGAGUGCUCUCUGACGAAGGCGGCCGUGGGAAAAUAUUAAGAUUUUCAAAUUUUCUGAAAUUUCCGGCCAUCGGUUUUACGGGACCGAGUGCGACGACGUCCGUCACGCGUCGCGCGGGAAAAAAUAUCGACGAGCCGAGCGGGAAGAUUCUUCGACUCCAACGAAAAGCAUCUCGUGGCCGUCCUGCGUCUCGCUGAGAUAAACACCGCGGGUUUCUGGGCACUCCGGCCCCGCGAUGCGCUCGUCCAGCUUCCCACGCGGCGCGAGCGGAGGCCGCGUCGUUUAGGCCACGUGCGGACCCCGCAAUCGUCGCCGCGAGCGCAAAGCCCCCGCCCGGGCGACGGUCAUUGCCACCGCUCCGGCUCCAAAUGCUCCACCGGCCCAAGUACAGCCGCUUCCGUAACGACUCCGUGACCUCGGCGGACGAGCGGACGAGCGGCGGUUCCGCCCGCGACGGCCCCGCGCCGCUCGCCGCUUGCCCAGAGAUGGACGGCGGCGGCGGCGCCUCCGCCGGCCCCGGUCCAGGACCGUUACCCGGACACGGCGCCGCCCCCACGAUCGUGGCCGCUCCGGCCUCCUUCCCGGAUCGCUCGCCUCCGCCCAUCGCGGUCCACGCCGGCGGCACCGACAAAGGUUUCGACGCCGCCAACGACGACGAAGAAGAAGACUCGGAAAGCUUCAAGGACAACGGCGACUACCUGACGCAGUGCAGCGACACGGACGAGGACGGCGAGGAGGCCGCCGGCGCCGGUGGCGGUGGCGCCGCGGGCCAACUCUGCGGCCUCCUGCCGCGCGUCAAGCUCCCCGGUUCGGCCGUGCUCUCCGAGGCGGCGGCGGGCGGCCGUGGCGGCGCGCCGGCGGGGGCCUCGCCGGGUGGGGGAGGGGAGGUGGGGGCGAGCGCGGGCCCCAGGGGGAACGAUGACGGAGCGACGCGACCCACGGACGCGGAUCCUCCGCCGUCAGACAUGGACCUCCGUGCCGCGCUGGCCUCCAGGGAGACGGAGGCCGCCGCGGUCGCCGCCACGACCACGGCGCUGGGCGGGCGGCCCGGGCCCUACGGGGCCGACCCGGGGCCCGCCGCGGGGACGGCGGCGAGCAAGGCCGCGGCCGGGUGGCCUCACCCCGUGGAGCGGAUCACCGGAGCCGGAGUGUCCUACCUCGUCAAGUAUCUGGGCUGCAUGGAGGUGCUGCAGUCCAUGCGGGCGUUGCCGUUCAGCACUCGCACUCAGCUGACCCGGGAGGUGAUCGCGCGUGUGAGCGACGUGUGUCCCUCUACCAAACCCGGCCUCAAGAAGCGCAAGCCUGUGGACAAGGCCGUGGAGGAGGCCCUGGGGCCCACCAACCAGAGCUUCUCAGGCCGCAGCAUCACCCUCACCAUCAGCCUGGGCAACGUGAGCCUCACCACCGUGGACGGAAAGCAGAUCAUCGCCACCCAUCACAUGCAGUCCAUCUCGUUCGCGUCGGGAGGCGACAUGGACAUGGCCGACUACGUGGCGUACGUGGCCAAGGACCCGGUCAACCAGAGAGCGUGCCACGUGCUGGAGUGCGGGGAGGGCAUCGCCCAGCAGGUGAUCGGCACCAUCGGCCAGGCGUUCGAGCUGCGCUUCCGGCAGUUCCUGCAGAGCCCCGGCCCCAUGCGCACCGGUCACGACAGGGGCUCGGAGGACGAGCGGGACCCUCGCUGCAACUACUACAACAGCGUGCUGGGCAAGGAGCCUCCGGCAGGGGGCCUGCUCGACACUCGCCUGCAGCUGAGUGUGGUGCACACGGAGGGGCUUCCCUUGCUCGAGAUUCCGGUCAGCUGCAGCCCGGGCAGGAGGAAAGGCGUGGGCCUCGUGUCGUGGGACCGCCCGACCAUCCCCGAGCCCCCGGCGGCCGAGCCUGGAGGCCGCUGCUACGUGAACACGAGGCUCGGCGGUGGGGCCGCGGCAGGGGACGCCGCCCAGCGGCGCCCGUUCGCCGCCACCGCCGCGUCCCCCCGCGACGCCUUCGACAUGCGGCCGUUCCACGACGCGCUGGCGCCACCGCAGGGGGUCCCGGCGAGCGGCGGCGGCGUGGACGCCGCCCUGCGCGCUGAGACUUGGUACCACGGCCCCAUCGCCCGCAAGGACGCCGAGACGCUGGUGCGACGCGACGGGGAGUUCCUGGUGCGCGCCAGCACCAGCAGCCGCGGACAGUUCGUGCUCACGGGGUCGCAGGGAGGCCUGGCGCGGCACGUGCUGCUCGUGGACCCGACGGGCGUGGUCCGCACUAAAGAUCACCGCUUCGACAGCGUGAGCCACCUGAUCCGCUACCACCGUGACUUCCGACUGCCCAUCAUCUCGGCCGGCAGUGAGCUGUGCCUCGUGUGGCCCGUGGAGAGAAGGCAGCCGCUGCCAUAGCGCCCGCCCGCCACCAGCCAGCCUGCCAGCCAGACCAGCCACCCUCUCGCCAGCCCAUCCCCCUGCAAGCCCACCUGCCCGCCCGCCUGCCCACACACAUUAUCGCGACCUUGCCUGUCUGGCCAAACACACGAGCACACCACACACACACGCGUGCGCGCGCACAUGCACCGGCAAGUAUGGCCGUGCACAUUUCGAAGGGCCUCACAACGUGGCCUGUUUUUGUCGUUCACCGAUGAAUAAGGGAGGGGUGGGGGGGGGCACUGAGUGGCAUCCCGUCUCAGGAUCCUCUGGGCAGCCCCGCUGGCAAGGGAGGUGUGCGUCAGGGGCAAGCUGAUGAUGGCAGUCACGACACGGCCACGCUGCAGCAUGCACAGUUGGGGGCAGUCGCCGCUAGCGAGCGCCUAUUAACGUCUGCACGGCACGCGCGAGGUGACGGCGUGGCCGAGGUCGUACCACACGCCCCCCCCCCCUUCGUCUUCCCAAUUGCGAUGUUUACACGCCACCAACAGGGGCGCCCUUUUUAAGGUCGAAUCGACCUGGGGGAGGUCGACCAGCGAUUCCGAUAUCGAUCACCGCCGACGAACUCGGACUACCAAUAUCAGGGAUAUCGCCCUGCUGUCGCUUAAAGGCCCCGCCUCUACCUUACAGGCCCCGCCUCUACCUUACAGGCCCCGCCUCUACCUUAUAGGCCCCGCCUCUACCUUACAGGCCCCGCCUCUACCUUAAAGGCCCCGCCUCUAUUUUAUAGGCCCCGCCUCUACCUUACAGGCCCCACCUCUACCUUACAGGCCCCGCCUGUAUUUUAUAGGCCCCGCCUCUACCUUACAGGCCCCGCCUCUACCU